AUGAAAAAAAAGAACUUGACAGUACAACAAAAACUGCACGGCAUCAUCGGUAGAAUAGCACAUACAAUAAAAAGUACAAAUGCAAACAGCAACCAAUCAAUAGGCACGGGGCUGUUCGGUAUUCUUCACAACGUUCAUACGAAGAAGAUCAUCAAUCUUCCCUUGCUUCGACUCUAUCUCCAGUUCACGUUGGUGCCUCCAAACACGCAUCUCCAAACCAUCCUCUUCAAUGAUCCGCUGCAACUCAUUCUGAUUGUAAGGAUACUUCUCAAAGACGCCAGUGCGCAUCAUGCCACUCCUGUACCAAUCCACAUAAAACAUCACUUCACCUCUUCAUAA